UUAACUUGAUUGAAUAUAAUAUCCACCUCUCGAAUCCAAAAAGUCGAUUAGAGUGAAGUCAAUACUAUUCUGAUAUUGUCAGUGCUGUCUUUCGCUAGUUUCAUUAGGUAUUCUCCAAAAUGGGUUUGGAGUUUGGAAAUUUGUACAAAUUAAGAAGGAUCGUUUUUUUCCGUCUCAGCCCUCAUGAACAAAAGGCUUUUAAGGGUAUGAUAUCUGAAGGCAUUCCAAAUACCAUCAGACGUUUCCAAAGCAGUGUAUUCUUUUAUGCACCAAUACUUGGCCUUAACUAUAUGGUAUAUUUAUGGGCCAAAGACACGGAUCGUAAACUAACCCGCAAAAAUCCAGACCUAUACAAGGAUGAUGUUUAAAUUAUUUAUAAGUUAAAUCCAAAUUGAUAAGUAGUAUAAAUUCUCAUCAAAGUUGUUACAAUGUGUACAAUGAUUAGAUUAAAGUUCCAUAAGCGUAUACGUCAAUAAAUUAA